UAGCUGCUGUUGCAGAUGCACCUGUAAGCUCGUUGGAUGGAAAGUAAAGAUAACAAAGAAGGAUCUGAAUAUAGAUAGUGAGGAGGUUUUGUCAAAAAGAACAAGAGUGACGAGAGAAGAAAGAAUCGACAAAAAAAAAAAAAUUACCAAAUUUCAUCAAGGCAUUAUGUUUUUAUCAAAACGAGAAGAACAGCUAGCUCAGGAGCUAAGCUGUCCCAUCUGCCUUCAGCUCUUCAGUGAUCCAGUAGUUCUUCCUUGUGGGCACAACUACUGUCGAGCUUGUAUCUGCAAGACUGCCAACAUCGCUGACAUCAGUAGCAAAAUACUUCUACGCUGCCCAGAGUGUCGUGAAGAGUAUCAGGACAUGGAUUCCUUGCAGAGAAAUUUCAAACUUUGUAACAUCAUCGAGGGGUACCGAGCCACUGCCCCACCGCUGGACAUGCAGCCUGAGGCUGAGUCUGACAUGACGACUGUCCUCUGCGACCACUGCAUAGACAACCAGUCCCAAGCUGUGAAGACCUGCCUGGUGUGUGAAGUGUCACUCUGCUCCGGGCACCUCCAGAAGCACCACGAGAAGAAGUCUUUCAGGGCACACACUGUAGUGGAUCCCCUGAAUGAGGUGGUGACGAAGAGCUGUGCCAUCCAUCGACGGCCCCUUGAGUACUUUUGUUCAAAUGACAUGACCUCUCUGUGCAGCACAUGCUUCAUAGAAGGACAUCACCAGGACCAUGAUGUCCUCACCUUCAGUGUGGCCGAAGAGGAGAUGAGACGAGCGCUGGAGAGCCGGAACAAGGUGGUUUCCAGUAAACUGCAGCUGACUGAGAGUCUCCUACAGAAGACAACAGAGGAGCAGGGAGCCUCUGAGGCUGUAGGAGAAAAGAUGGUUAACAAGGCAGUCUCAGUUAUGGAAAGUAUGGCUGCAUUAGUGGACAGGUUCAGGGAGCGUCUGUGCACCCUGUUGGAGGAGGAAAGAAUGUGUCAAAGAAAAAGCUGGCAGCUCGGAGUCAGCUCACUGGAAGAGCUACAUCAACAACUGCUGGAGGCCCAAAAAGGCACCGCAGAGGCCCUCAAUGAGAAGGACACACACGUAUUCAUACACAGAUUCAUGAAGAUUGAACAUAAGCUGAAAGAAGUGGUCACAGCCAGCAUCCCAUCCAAUAUCCCCUCAAAGGUGCCACUCAACAUCAACAGUCUCCAGACAGGCCUCAAAACCCAAGACUUCCGCUCAGAAAUGACCCGCCUCCUGGAUUCUCUUCAUAUUCUUCUAAAUCCCCUUGAGUUAACCUUCAAUGUCUACACUGCCCAUCCCAGCUUGAUAAUAUCAACUGACAUGCACACAAUAAAGUACAGUUCAGCCAAGCAAUCAUAUGUGGACCACCCAGAGCGUUUCACUACUGCACCUCAGGUCCUGUGCAGCCAGGGCUUCUCAGGUGGUGAGCAUGUAUGGGUGGUGGAAGUGGGGACCAGCUGCAUGUGGUCUGUAGGUGUGUGCUACAAGAGCAUCCCUCGCCGUGGUGAUCACAGUCGCCUAGGGCACAACUCUGGGUCCUGGAGACUGCAGUGGAAAAAUGGCAAGCUGACUGUGUGUACAUCCUCCAGUAGUGUAGCCCUGGGGGAAAUGGCUCAUUAUAUGAUCAAGAUUGAGAUUGCGCUUGACUUCGAGGGGGGGACAUUAACGUUUCAUGGUAUCAAAGGGCGUAGAGAGCAUCUCUAUACCUUUAGAACUGUUUUCAAAGAGUCAGUUUACCCAGCGUUUAGUAUUCAUUCAAACACACCUGAGUCCUGGAUCACACUGCAUAGUGGGAUGUGAAUCCAUCUUUGACUAUUAAUAUGUCCCAUGCACCAAACUUCUCAAGUUUUUAUUAACCAAAUACUUUUGUUCAAUAUUGGUAUGAAAAUACUCCGGCAGGUAUUUUUAAAUUUGAACUCUGAGAUAGGUCUCAGUGGCCAUGGUGUAAAUAUAAUAAUGUGUUGCUGUUCAUUCCCAUACAUCAGAACUGGUUAUCAUUAAUAAUUAACUGGGGAUAUUAAUAAAUAUAAAAUAAUUUACAGAAAUAUAGUAUUUUAAGCAUAUAAGACAAUUAUUGUCUAAAAACAUUUGCUGAGCAUAUAGAUUCAUACGAGUUUAAACCUUUUUCAUCCCUUUGUUCAGUUUUGUUGUCUUAAAUUUAGCAUGUUUCUAUUUUACGUGUCUUUGAAUGUUAACUAAAAUCUUUUGUGUUAACCUGUUAUUUUCCUUGUACAUAGUAAACACCAGUCUACGUAAACACUGACUUUUAGGAUGAGCUUGACAUAUGCUGUGUGUUUUUGGUACAAAUAAAAUGUGGUGGUACUGUU